AUGACUCCUUCCACGGUGCAAAGGCGGAGCACCGAUGUUGUUUGGAAUUUUCCCUUCUUUCUGCUUCUGGGCAUAUGUUCCUGGAUCACAUACAAGGCUUUGAAGAUUGGUAGGCCGGAGACCAUGUUUAAGCUGCCCGACCACGCCGCGCAUCUGUGUGGCACAGGCAGGAAUGUGCGCGCAAAUUUCCUUUAUUUCUGCAUGACGCGCGAAUCGCAGGACAUCUUCAACGGCUCUGACAAGCUUUUAAAACUGGAGCAAAGGUAUCCGAUCUGCGUGGACAGGUGCCCAGAGUCAUUCAACACUUCUAGCCGCUGUUUCAUGGGCAAAGGUCAAAGGAACGACGUAGACUCUUGGGAGUCCAUCCAAGAUUACCCCACGCAGCCUAUGGCAUAUUUCUGCAGGCCUCAUAGAAAAAGUGCCAACGACUUGGCUGACGACUUCUGGUUGGCGGUGAGCAAAGGUCCGUGGACAAGUUACCUCCUUCUGGCCUUCUACAGCGCUUGGCCACUAAUUCCAGCAGUUGCUAUUUCGUCAUCGGCAGUGUUUUCUUUCUUCUACCUCAUCUCACUUUCAAAGUACGCUCGCACCUUGAUCUGGCUUUCGCUGGCUGGGAUCCUGCUUUUUGCGUCAGGAACCAGCAUCUUCUAUGGCUCCUGCUUCAAGUCGGGGCAUUGCAGAGAGUGGAUAGGACAUGGAAAAGAAGAGCCAAUGGACUUUUUGCGCUGCGUUACUCUGGGCAUAGUCGCAAUCUACAUUCUGAGGACCAUGAGCGGCCUAAGCUCGAAGCUUGAAUCUGUUGGGCGCAUCAUGGAGAUGUCCUGCAGGUGUAUCCUGUCCACCCCCUCCAUUGCCACGCUGCCGAUGCUACUCCUGGCUUUUCGCAUUGCCCUCACGGGCUGGCUCGUUUAUGUAAUCCUUUGCCUUUACGGCUACGAGAUGCAGGACGAGCUGAAUGGAGUUGAAGACCCAUGGGUUUCUAAAUGGAUUCCUUCCCUGGACAAUCAUCCAGAAUUUUGGAUGUACAUGAUUAUUUUGUUAUUUUCCUACACUUGGGCCCUCGGGACCAUCACAGCCAUUUUCUGGUUCGUCAUGUUCUAUGUGGGGCAAGCCUGGUACUUCUCGCGGCAGAAGAAGAAAUCAGCACAUUUCUGCAAUGUGCCGAAGGCCUUCCACAGCUGCUUGUGCUAUCAUUCCGGCACCAUGAUCCUUGCAGGGCUGCUACAUAUUCUGGUAGGGCCCUUGCACGCCACGGUGGGUAGGCUCCAGGAAGGCAGAAAUGCUGGCAAUCCGAUAGCCAACCUUUUGCACACAUGCUUGUUUGGCUGCAUGGACUGCUACGCAGAGUCACUGGCGCACCUCAGUGGCAAUGCCCUGCAAGACGUGAGUCUUCAAGCUUUCGACUUCUUCGAAAGCGCUGAACACAUGGCAGAAAAGGAAAGCGGUGCAUCGCUUGCAGAGGAGGUAGAGAUCCUCAAUACAUCCACUUUCCUUUUCCAAGUGGCCGGUGUGGGAAGUGCUUGUGUCAUUGCCUGGUUUGCUAUUGCCCGUGUCUUGUCUUACGAGGAGUUCACCGACGAAGACAGCCCGCGCUAUGUAAGAGACAAGAUGUUGCUGUCUUUUGGUGGCGUCUUCCUGUCGUUUCUCGCAGCGCUGCCCUUCAUGACAACUUUGGACGUGGUCUCGGAUGCACUGCUCUACAGUCGAGUUGUGGAGCAGCAGCGGAAUCCCGUCCAGAGCCAGGUCGAAGAAGCAGCCAACAAGCUCAUGAGGAACUGCAUGCCCUGGGGACAGGUGAUGAGAGAUAUUACCUCCUGCCACUGUGGCUCCCGCAAUCCAGAGAAUUCCCAAGGCUUCAGCAUGUUGGACUGGGGAUCCAUGAUGUGGCAGGUUGAGGGAAGCCCAUCCAUGCCAGCGAUCCUGAAUGACUCGGCCAACCCAGCUGGAUGA